AUGAAUGUUCUAUAUAACUACUCAACAGUGAAAGGAUUCCAAAACAUCCUACAACACGUCAUCACCGCCACGCACAAACUUCUUCUGAACGAGCUCGAAAAGCCAGUCCUUGUCGCGUUCACCAAACCGUUAGAGUUGAAACCUUCGUUGGAGUCAAUCUUCAAAAGUCUCAGCAAAGAAGACGUCGAGUGGCGUGAAGACUUCUUCCAGAAGUUUUAUGGCACGUUGGCAACUCCACCAAUCGUAUUUGCACAGCUCAAGGGUCUUCCCGAAGACGAAAUACACAUCCGCACUGCCCUUGGUAAUCAUGCCGAUUUCAUUGACUCCUUGCCCGCGAAGGACGAGCAUGAACUCUGGGAGGCUUCAUCUGAUCUUGGACGGUUCGCGAAACGGCUAGAUGAAAUUGAGCGCCGGUUCAUCAAAGAAAACAAAGACUUGACACGAUUGAAAGAUUUCAGAGACCAAGCCGUUCACCCCGACGCGGUUGUUGAACGCCCAUUUGUCGAAAACCUAUACCAACAAGGCAUUAUUGAUGACGCCAUUCGACAAGAACUGAAUCCAUCUGGGGGGCUAUCUCGUGCAAAUUUUCUAAAAGCUCUGGGAAAGCAGGAAGAUUUUGUCAGGCGUAUAAUGAAGAAGCUUCAAUAUAACCUUUCUGACAAACUAGACGCGUCGGAAGGCAAAUCUGGAGAAAUUGCCGUGCGCACCACUGAACGACUUGCACAAUUCCAAAUAAAACAGCUUAACGCAGAGGCCAAGUCCAUCUAUGUCACACCCGGCCUAUUUGCAGACCCCCCUUCGUACAACUUUGACAAAGCACUAGAAGUCUAUCAGCCAGAUAACAUCAAGAAGCUCGCCAAUCGUUUGGAAAACAAGGAAUUGUUCACCAAGGCCUACAUUGAAGCCCUUUUCUCGCCGAAAUCUCCCGUCGUGGGAUACAAAUCAAAGAUGGAUGAAUUUUUAAGUCAAAUCAAAAUACCACAAUCUGGGCACCUCAUGGACCCAAUCAACAAAGAAGGCAUAACCAAUCAACUACGUGACUUUGACGAAAGAUUGUCUGCGAUAUACCUGAAGCCGCUAGAAAUUCGGGAUUCGCGAUUGGAUAGAACCCCUUACGCAAGAUUGACAGAUCAUGCACGGGAGAACCUCAAUAAGAUAGCGCACGACAUUUACUCUCGGCGUCAAGAACUGGAUAAACUCUUAUCAAUUAAGACAACCUGGGAGGCUGAGAUAGAGAAAUUCGAACAAGAGCAUCUACUACAAAUCCCACAGAUGCUCAAAAUAAUGGAAUCUUCCUUGCACGACACCAAUGCAUAUGAGAUAGCCAGCAGAUCCUCAGCUCAAGCAAACAGUUUAAGUCAAAGGCUUGCUCGAUUUUUCCUUUCCUGGGGUAAAAAAUCUGAAACCUCCUAUAAGAAGUCGCGGAAGAAUAAUAGAUUUAGAUGA